AAGGCAGGACGGAGUCGGGCGCCGCGGCUGCAGGUACUUAACAGCACCAAAAAAUGAAAGCUUUCCCAUCAUGUCUCUCCAUGCAGUAGCACUCGCCAGCUACAGCAGAACAGAAAUCUUCAAGCACCCCUGCUCUGAAAAGUUAAACCACGAAAGCCUAAAGGUGGCUUUCACUGAGUCAGCGUGUUCUUCAAAUCCCUCAGCGAGGAUCAGCUGCCUUGCUCCAACACCUCAAAUCUCCGUUCUCUCAGAUGAAUCUUCAAGGCCAGCAGUGAUUGGACAUGCUGGAAGUUUUGGAUCAUAUCCCAACAGUGCUGAAGCUAUCAAAGACAUUCUCAUGUCUGUUUUAAAUGCAUCUGGUUUGAAGCCCUCUUUGGUGCUGGAGCAGAACACCAUGCAGGGAGCAGAGCAUCCAGACAGUGAUGUGGAGCAGUGGGAAGAAAGCAGUGCUGGGGAUAGCCACGAUGACAGCGACAGCGAUUCUGCACAUCACAACACUGCCUGUACACAAACAGACAUUCGGUUUACAAGGCACCGGGCAUGCUGGAACAACACAGACUCUGAUUCCUCGAAACCUUUGCUGGAUACUUUCUUUUGUCCCCGUUUCUCUGAUGGAGAUCCUGCUGCGUCCUCCUUGAAUAGUUUCACUCUUUCGGACAUGCCCCCUCUGAAGCAGGACUGCUUUACCCAGGUGACAUUAACAGGAGGCACUGUCACAUCGGCUGCUGUGCAUUCUGGAAAAGAAUGUUAUACUCUCCCUGAAAGAGACUUGACUUUGAUGAGGUUUCUUUCCAAUUCAACUGUUGGUAAGCCAGCAGAUCUUGUGCAAUACCCUGAUGCCUUGGAGCCUGUGCCCGUCAGCAACAGUGACAGCAGUUCUCCCAGGGGCCUUCCCCAGUCAGAGCCAGUCAAUCCAACAGGUUCUACUUCUCCUUUGAACAUAAGUGCUAUACCCUUGAAUCGUUCGUUGCAGGAUAUCUGCAUGCUUCCAGAGGAUGUGGAGAAGGAAAAUGCACACUUCUUUGUUGCAGAUAUGAUUAUAGCAUCACUAGAAAAAAUGAAAUGUAAUAUCUUAAGUCAACAAGCGGAAUCCUGGGGUGUGGAAGAAACAAGCGGAUCAGAUAGCAGCUAUCACACUGAUUUGGAGUUAUAUUCUUACCCUGGAGUAAAGAAGUCUGAUUCUUCUGUUACCUCUUCAGACAGUGGUUAUGAAGGCUGUGCUUUGCUGCCUGCCAGCUCACCAGUGCAUCGACCAUCACAUCGUGAGGUUACCAGUUUUUCUUGCUACAGUGACUCAGAGGAUGAAUAUGUAAUUAUUGAACUUGAAGACCUUGAAAAUCUGUCUGUCACUCCAGAUAAAAGAUCACCUUUUGAACCAGGCAGCAAUUCUGCUGAAGCGACAGCCCAGGAGUUGUGCAGAGCUUUCAGAAAAUACUGGUUGCAGACAGACUCUGUAGUUCAGCUGUCUGGUUGCCUGAGCUCAUCUAAGCAGAGAUCUGUGCUGAAAGAAGAGAUUCCAAAAGAACUUGAGUCCAGUUUGAAUCUGGCUGAAGAAAUAAAGAUCCUAUCCAAAUUAAGAGGAUCUUCUGGCUGGUCCCCACCAAGAUCGCAGAUUAUAUUUAAUAUUCAUCCCUCAGUCAAGAGAGAUGCAGUGGUGGCUGCUCAAAACUUCACGUGUGUUGGCUGCGGAACCCCGAUAGAAAGCAAAUAUAUCAGGAGACUCCGCUAUUGUGACUACCUGGGGAAAUACUUUUGUGACUGCUGCCACAGCUAUGCCCAGUCUUGUAUUCCUGCCCGAAUACUUUCAAAAUGGGACUUCAAAAAAUACUAU